AUGUCGACGGAAUCUGCGCCCUCCUCUCCGUCCCAGAUCUUCAAUCCAAUCGAGUGCACACACUUAGAGCACCUUCCGUCUUGUGUUUCGAUACCGGACGACCUUGACUCAGAGGACGACUUUUCUACGACGGAGGACGUGUUUUGCGACCCUGUGGAUUUGAUGGUGGUGGAGGAUACACGGGGGGAUUCUCUCCCCGGCGGCAGUACGACCAUGGACGACACUCACGAUACAGAGAGCGAAUUCUACCACACGCAAGACGAGACGACCCUCGAUUUAAAUCAAUAUGACGAACCCGCAUCGACGAUCGACCCGUCAGAUCACGAGGAUUCCAUCAUGUCCCACCUCCCUCCUCUCCCUGACCACGACGAUAGCAGUCUGUUCCUGUCCAGUGAUGACGGAGAUCACGAGCGCGCAGAUAAUCAGACCUUCUUGGAGGAGAAGGAAAUGCGAAGGAAGCUGAUGGAUAUGGAGUCGAGUUUCUUACCCGAACCGUCGACGAUCGAGGUCGCUACUCGAAACCAGGCUGCUGGUGUUGACGAUACCUUUUUGAUAGGGGUACCCAGCGAAACUGCCCAUGAAUCCAGUACAUCCGAGGACAAUCAAUCCGCCUUUGCGACACCAGACGAUACGAACCAAGACUCGAGAUCGACGAGCGACCGGAUACCUAUCCCGCAAACACCGACUCUGGGUCGCGGCGCAGCCAACCCCCAGGACUUGGAUGUUACGCCCUCCGUCACUUCUGGGCAACGCGAAGACAAAACCACUAUGCUGGAGAUAGUGGCUUCAUCGCCGGCGGCCGAAGCUGCAACGAGGUCGCUGAAUCGAGUGCAAUCUGGGUUUUCGGCCGAUUUGCAUUCAUCGAAAGACAUUACCUCCGAGGAGACUGGCGCGUCUGCGACAUUGGAUCUGGAUCGGUUGACACACCCAUCUAAUCUAAGUAUACAGACAAGUUUUCGGAGCUCGGAUCCAGAACGCUCCAGGCUUUUCCAAACUGACAAUGGCCGAGAUACAGAGACAUCGUCCCGGGCGAACAGUCACAGAGGGAGCCGGCCGAAGUAUUUGACGAGUCGCCAAUCCUCCCAUCGCCUCUCAUACUCAUCAAUUGCUAGUAACAACACCGAGACAACCAACAGCGACGCGACAUUGGGCGCUGACUACGCACUUCAGUCCGGCGGCGCGGUUCCGGAGAACCCUCAUACUCUGCAGGUGGACCAGCGCGACAACCUUACGAGAUCGAUCAGCCUGGGUAGCAUGGCUUCCGGUAUAUCCGCCCUCAGCGAUGAGAAUAUCUUGGAGAAGAGAAACGCCAGUGGAGUUGCAGAGGGGGGUUUGCAAACUUUGGCCGAAGAAGAGAGAAACCUCCAAUCGCGACCAGGCUCGGCUCAACAGCAGCAGCAGCAGCAGCAGCAAAAGGACGGAGAACAACAGGAACAGCGGGGCUUCGCUGCUGGAGAUGCUCAGGACCCAAUGACACCGAGGGCCAAGUCUCGCGAAAAUGCCUUUCCGACGGACACCGCCAUUGCAGAGCGCAUCCGAGAUGUCCAAGUACCAAGUGCAUUUGCCAGAAAGUUUCAGGAAGAUCUUGCUGGUCGCUCACUCUCGCCUGACAAGCGUGCCGCCAUCGCCACUCCCGGUUUUGCUCGGAGUGGCCGUACCAUGACUCUCAAGGAGCAAAGCAGCACGAUUGACCGUCUGUCGAAGGAGAACUUCGACCUGAAGAUGCGGAUACACUUCCUCAACGAGGCCUUGAACAGGCGCUCCGAGGAAGGGAUCAAGGAACUGAUUUCGGAAAAUGUCGAGUUGAAGUCGGAUAAACUCAAGCUACAGAAGGACAAUCAGAGUUUAAAGAGAAAGAUUCGUGAUCUAGAGAAGCAACUCAAGGACCAACAAUCUGAUAAGGAAUCGAUGGCGAACCACGAUCCCGAGGGCUCGGACGAGGACUCUCGCGAUGCAGCUCAAGAUGAGGAGAUACUCUAUCUACGGGAGAGGAUGGAGACGUAUGAACUCGAGAUAGAGAGGCUGCGGUCCGAGAGCAUGGUCAAGGAGAGCGAGAAAAGGAGACUAGCUGAGAUGGUGAAAGCAUUAAGCGACCGCCCCGCAGGCUCAGAGGUCGGUGCAAGGGAAGAGAGGGUACUAAACACCAAUGUUUCACAAUCUCUGUCUCCUUCCUACAUUAAUGCUGACAUGGCGGUUCUACAGGACAUGUGGAAAGACAUGCUGGAUGCAGAAGCUGCAGCGCGGGAACAGGUAGAGGACGAGAACAAAAGGCUCCAAGACGAAGUACUGGGCCUCCGGAACGAACUGAAUUUCCUUGUUGCGCCCUCACUAUCAAGGCAUCGCGACCGGGUGGGAUCCAUGGUCUCCUACACGACAGUCUCCGACCGGGAUAUAGGCCGGGUUCCGACUCUUGGUAGCUCAUCUAGUGAAACACUCGUGGAAGAGCUACGGCUGCUCAGACAAGAGAACGCAGAAUUACGGCGAGAAGUCAGCGCCCAGACUUCCAUGCUUACCUCUCGAAACAAGGAGAAGGAGCGGCUCUACCAAGAGAUUGAGGAGCUGAAGCUCGGUCAACGCCGCGACGGCGGACGGUCAGUUGCUGGGGACAGCAUCUUUGAUCGCUCUGCGUCGCGCGCUCACGGCAGAUCACCGUCUCGGGUCAGUGACGGCACAGGACCGUUGCGAGGCGAUCAUGCGGAGCGUGAGGACUUGGAACUUCGGAUUGGGGAGCUGCGAGAUCAAGUGUCUGCGCUGAAGCUGGAGAACCAGACUCUCAAAGCUCAAAUGGAGGAACGGGGCAAGGAAUACGAAGCUCUUGACACCCAAUAUCAGGAGGAGGCGGAUCAGCUCGAAGAAUGGCUGCAGGCCGCGCGACAAGAGUGCGAUCAAGUCCGGCAAGAGGCUGCCGAACGUGUGGCCCACCUUGAGGCCGAAUACGCACAAUUGGAGGCCGAGGCUCAGGAGGAAUUAGAUAUGAUGGACGAGACAGUCCGACAGAAGACAGAGGAGUGCCAACAACUCGAGGAGGAGCUCAGAAGCCAGGACGAGAACCUCCGAGCACUACAAGCCGAGAUGCGUUCGGCCAGUGAAGGGAUCAUCCGGCUCGAGGAAGAUGCGCAGAACAACCUGCAGCGCUAUGAAGCGGUCCAGCGGGAACUCGAGAACUGUAACCAGGAGAUGGAGACUUUGGAAAAGAACCUGUACGAAGCCAACACUAAGGUGCAGCGUCUAACCGUUCAAAUCGAAUCCAGCCAGAAUGAGAUUGCGUUCCUGCGAGAGGAGCAGGAAGGUGAUAAGAUCAGAAUCGGCGAUCUAGAGUCUGAGCUCAAAACAUACCUGCUGAGUCUGCAAAGCGAACGGGACAAGACCAGGGAGUUGGAAGCUCGCCUGGCGGAGGAGCGGCAUCAGCGAGAGGUCGUCGGAAGCCAGGAGAAACAAGAGGUUCAGCGUAUUGUGAACGAGCUCAAUCGGGAAGCCUCCAUGGCCAAGGAAGAGGCGCGCAAGCUCAAGAAGAGUCUGUCAGCGCAGGAGAUCGAGACGGCAACCUGGCGAGAGCGGUUGAUGGACUUGGAGAACAACCUGCGAGAGACACUCGGCGAUCUCACCGGCAGUCGUUCCAGCCUGAUCUCCAACAUUAUGAAACUCCAGAAGGAGCUCGAAUCGACCGCCUUGGAACUCGAAAGUGUCCGGUCGAAACUCGAUGAAACAGAGUCUCUGCUGCGGAACCGCGAUGCCCUGCUCGAGAGCCACGGGCUCGAAUCGCGCAAACUGGCCGAGCUGCUCGAACGCGAACGACAGGCCCGCCGAGCCGACAAGCAGUCGUUCGAGCAGGCUCUCAAAUCCCAUCAUCAAGCAUCUCGUACCAUCACCCAGAGUAACUCGCGGAUUACGGAGCUGGAGAAUGCUCGGAAUCAGGAUCGGAAGCGGUUUACGAGUGUCGAACAGCAGUUCAGAGAGCAGCUGAACGAGCGAAACUCGAUGCUUCUGACGAUGUGGAAGCGGCUCUCGGCAAUGUGCGGGCCAGAUUGGGCACACUCGAACAGUCUCAUCAACGGAAAUUUGCCCAGCCAGGAGGUGAUUGGCAACAUACUCUUCUGGCCAGGUUUCAGCCGAAAUCUCUUGCUAGCUGUCAAGACGGUGGAGAGCAAGAUAGCAGGCUUCAAGAGCGACAUCAGGGGCGUCGAGCGCGAUCUGACCAAGCAGUAUCAGAACCUUGAACAUAUCAUGAACCUGCGAAUCAAGAAGCUUGAUCGUCUCGAGGAGUCGAUGAUGAGUAUGCGGGCACAACAGCAUAGCAAGAGCCAAUCUGGCAUGUCGCCCGAGAUGGCCAAGCUACGCGGCGAGAACCGUCUGUUGAAGGCGGAGCUGAACCUGCUUCAAUCCAACUCGCGUAUCCGCGGCCCUACUUCGGCUGCUGUUGUGGCUGCCGGAAUGGGACAGAGCACCCCACAUUCACCCAGCCGAACAUUGAGCGCGGAGUCCGGGGCCGAUGCAGAUCCCUCAUCCUUGGUGCGCCAUCGUUCGAUCAUCGAGAAGUCGGGGAGCCCGCAUUUGUCGAGAAUCCUCCACCGGAGCUCAACAUCAGGUAUCCCGCAGCCAUCGCAGAUCUCGGCGGCAUCCUCCUCAUCGCCACUAGCCGACCAUGAAGGAGCCAUGGUUCCCAGCUCGCGCUCCCGACAUGUAUCCGCCGACCCAGGCGGCAACGACAAGUGGAUUCAGCGCUUGCGAGAAUUGGAGAAGAGGUUGAAGGCGGAGCGAGAGGCUCGACUGCUGGACCGUAACGGAGCGCGGAAGCGCCUGGAGGAGCGGGAUGCGGAAAAUCAAAGGCUACGCGCCGAACUGGAGAGACAUCGCAUGCGUCGAGGAAUAUCGGCGGAAACUUCGACUGAUGAUGAUUACGAUCGCAGUCGACUGCACAACUCCGGCCGUUCCAACGCAGGCGGUGGCGACGAUUACGGCCGUCAUCGAGAUGAAGAGCAGAGUUCAAGUGAGGGAGAGGGAAUCUGUGUUGACAUAGAAGUCUGA